GGGAGAGGCGGCUGCACUUCCUCACAACAGAAGGCGGCGUGAGGGGACACAUGCCCCGCAUCCCUCUGGCCGUACACUCAGUACUCGGCGGGCUGCAGCAGUGGGCGUGACGCCGCCAUGUCCACCUUCCUGUCACGCCGGGCUGCUGCUGCUGCUGGAAAGUUUAUGACUUGUCCGCCGCUCCGCCGCACUGUGUGUGCCGUGUGACAGGAGAGCGCUCUAUGGAUGUAGUGUACAGCGGCAGUGACGGGCACCAUGCAGCCGGGCACUCGCACCGUCAGGGGCUGCUGUAGGUAACACAGGAGGGCGCUGGACACACGGAGGAUACAUGGCACUACCAUGGAGCGGAGCGGUCUGUAGCCACUGACCGGAGGAGAGCGCACGCUUCACGGACUAGAGACUCGCUGUGUGCCGGCGAUGGGCGGACGGCAGAGCAGCCCGUCCUCAGACGGUCGGACACGGGCGUACUCCGGUUCGGACAUCCCUUCCAGCACUGGCCGGGGGCCGAUAAGGGGCCCAGCGGGGGUGGCCGCCUCCACGUCUUCGCCCCUGGCCAGGUACCCGUACAUGCACGGGGGGCACGCGGCGGCAGCGGCCGGGACUGGAGCCGGGGGCUCGGAGCACACGCCGCCAGCUUUGGGCUCACGGAGCAGAUCUGUGGGAGGAAUUCGCAGCCAGGCCCAGCUCAGUCAGGCCGGGCUCAGUAUCCCGGGAGCAGCGAGGGACUCCGGCAGCAGCACCCCGGAGGAGGGAGGCAGAGAGCGGGCACCGGGGGCAGGCGGCGGCGGCUCCAGGCUGCUGAUCGGAUCGCUGCCCUCUCACCUCUCCCCGCACCUCUUUGGAGGAUUUAAGUGCCCAGUCUGCUCAAAAUUCAUUCCCACAGAUGAAAUGGAUUUGCACCUUGUAAUGUGCUUAACAAAGCCAAGAAUAACGUAUAAUGAGGAUGUUCUUGGCAAAGAUGCUGGGGAAUGUACAAUAUGUCUGGAGGACCUACAGCAAGGGGACACAAUAGCAAGAUUACCUUGUUUAUGUAUAUACCACAAGGGAUGCAUAGAUGAAUGGUUUGAGGUAAAUAGGUCUUGUCCUGAGCACCCGUCAGACUAGACAGCGGUUAUCCUGUACAUUAGUAGCUUUAUUUCUCUGCUUGUAAGAAGAGAAUUACCUAAGGAGCAGGCUUCCAUCUGCUGUGACUAUCCUGAGAAGGGGCAUUAGAGGCCUCCUUGCCUUAGACCUCCAUGUUGCUGGGAAUCUAGAUUCAGUGACAAUGAAAGAGACGAUGGAUUUCCUCAGAAAUCAGUGUGCCAAAACGUUGACUAUGUAAGGAUGCACACAGGGAUCUUCAAAAUGCUGCACACACUGUUUGUGAAGAAGAAAACACACUUGUGCCCCACCAUUCCUGUUCAUGAACAACACAUGAUGUAGGCCAAAGUUAACUUUUGUCCCUGCGAGAAUUCUUUUUUAUUUUAUUUUUUUAUUUUAAUGACCUACGCAUCUGGGAGCCAGUAAGAUUAUUAUUAUUAUUUUUUUCCCCCUUAAAAGAUCUUCAACUCCAGGAUUUUGGACAGUGAUUGGAGGAAAACAUCUCUAAAAUAAGUUUUCUUUAAUUGUUGAAACAUAUAUAUAUUUUCUUUUUAGAGGCCAAAAUCCAGUGUAUGGUUUUACGGUACUGACCCCUUUUUGUACUUUGACAAAACAAAAUGUGAAAUUGUACAAGUGGUUUUUUUUUGUUUGUUUUUUUCACUCUAAUAGUAUAGGACUUCCCAUAGCCACCAUUUUUGUCUGUCUGUUUGGUGUCUACAUACACGGACUGUCGCUAGAUGCCUCCAGAAAUUGGUUACUAUACUAAAGCAUAUCUUCUUAUCAAUUAACCCUUUCAUCUCAGAGCCAACACCUGCAUCCGAGUGGUGAUGUUUUUGAAAUUUUUUAUUUUUUUUUGUCCUGUAAAACAUUUUGAAAUCGGUCAGGGAACAUAAGCCAUCAAAGUGCCAUUAGAAAUAUACCUGUGGGUAUGUUUACAUCAGUUAGUAAGAUGCAUUAGUAAUUUGGAUCUUCAACACAACAAUCCAUUGCAAUAUCGAUUGGAAAUAGCUAUAGACAGAUCUGUGUACAAGACAGGGGCAGAGCACAACCAGUGGUACAAAAUUGUAUGAUCUAAUAAUCAGAAAGGAGUGUGGUGCAAACUUUAUUGGCUGACUUUAGAAAUUCACUGAGUAGGGACAAGCAGUCUGGUCAGCUGUGUGCAGCAGGGCAUUCCUACCCAGGGCAGCAAAUAGCCUCAAAAUUGUUGAUGUGGCCAUUGGUUGCCAUGGAUGGGCGUGACCUACUGCAUGCAACCUGCCAGAUCAUAGCCUGACCGUUUGGCAUUAUAAACCUACCACCAAUUAAUUGUUAAAGAGUUUGUCCUACUAGGACAACUUGUGUCCCUAUGCCCUAUUAGGGUAAGUAAGGAUAUUAUAGAGGGGUGUCCACUGUUCUGGACCCCCUUCUAUUUACCAUAUAAGGACCCUGAAGAAUGCAAAUUAUAUUUCUUGCUUGCUUGUGCAAGAGCUCAGUUUAAUUAUAUGGAAAAAUACAUGUUCCAGCACAGCGUGGAGUAAAGUUAAAAGCUGGCUUAACACGUUUGAUCAGGAAGCCUUAUACCCCUCUAAUGGUGUGUUUUAGCUGCAUGCCUUAAAGCUUACCUGAGAUUUCAAAAAUAGUUUGCAUAAUGGCUAUGCUUUUUGUGCAAUCAUAACUGUGAAGGAACUGGUGUUUUUGGGCUUCUCUAAAGUCUCUUUCAGUCAUAGUAUUCCCUAUUUCAGGUGCACAGCUAGAUGCAUUUCACUCAGAAGCAGUGGAUGUCUCCCUUCUGUGGAAUCUGCCAGUACUGUAUGCAGUGACCUCACUUCCCUUACUUUCCACUAUGUUUGUUUUCUUCCAGGAAGCUCAGAAAGCUUAUGGGGGGAGGGGGGAGAUCACACUUACAGACACACAGGAGCUUCUCUGCUCUUCAGAAGCAGCAUAAAGGAAGGAUCAGGAUCUCAGAUAGCUUUGGCACGCCCCCAUUACCGGUAAACCAUCUUCUGAGUCUCUGUUACCAGAGAAGGAUCUGACAUUUUCCUGUCUGACAACAGGAAAAUGGACAUCAACUUAGGUGGACAUUAGACCCCUAGUGGCCAUGACUUUUUUCAGGUGGAUGCAGGCAGCAUUUUUAAAUGAAGUGAUUUAGUUACAACAUUGUCUAUUAAAUGAAAUUGUGUGAAAGUACAGUGACUCUUUAAUGAUAGCAGGCUAGGAAUAUUUCAAGUUGCCAAAAUACAUAAGGCCGUUAUGCACAGUUUCAUGUUGGAUGUUUUGGAUACAAAAAUAUGUUUUUGUUUUUUACUUUGCUUCUUUAUCCUGGUAUAUGGGUAACUUCAACCUUCGAUGUUAGAACAUAAGAAGCAAUUUUAGGGUGCAACUAGAAUGAUAUUUCAAAGAUGCAUACAAGGUACAGUAGCCAAAGUAUAGAUAUUUUUUUUAUAUACGUGAUAUCAUUUAUAAACAAAUCCAACUUUUUUUUUUUUACUGAAACCAGGCCUGCAAUGAAAUAGUACAUUGUACUUGGAUGUACAGUUCUUAUAAAUAUAAUGUUCAGAGGCCAUGAUAGAAUACAAUGUCAGAUACAGUGUGGGGUAUGUAUCAGUACUGCUGGCUUACAUGUGCUCAGUUAGUUUAAUCCUGUCACACGAGUGCAAGACAUGAAACCUCUGUCAGCAAGGUUAUGGGACCUGCGUAUUGUGUAUAGUAGUCAAUGUCCAUCACUCAGGUUUAAGGUUACAUACUGCCAGUCAGUCACCACUUAUAUAUGAAGCAUACAUCUGGAUUAUAAAUUGUUCCAGGGAAAAAGCCAUAUUUUCCGAGACUUUAGUACUGAUGACCUAUCCUCUGGAUCUGAUAGGUAGGGGUCUGACACCCAGGACCCCUUCGGGUCCCCACUGGCUCAUCCUUCUUACAGCUUACCAAGCACAUUGCGUACAUUGUAUAGCGGCUGUCCUUGGUAUCUCACUCAGCCCCAUUCACUUCUAAGGGGCUGAGCUGUGGCUAGACUACGUGACAGAUGACCCUGUUGUCACUGGCCUAGGGCAAGCUGGAGAAGGCUGCCACUCUCACAGGUGUGCCGGUGCCUUCUUAAAUAGCUGAACAGUGGGGUUCCUGGGUAUCAGACCUACCUGAGAAUAGGUCAUCAGUAUUAAUACCUCAGAAAACUCCUUAACGAAAACCACCUCCAGAAAUGUGCGCUUUCACAAUAGGUACAAUUUUGAGAGUAGUCAGCACAUGGAAAAGUGUUUGUAGUCAACAUUUUCUCAAAAUUUAGAUAAUUACGAACUAGACUAUCUUGUGGUUUCCAUAUGGUGCAUAUGUAGGAUGUCCCUGGGGGAACCCAUUUAGGGUAUUGCUCCACUCCAAAUGCAUCAUGAAUUACCGUAAGCCUCAUACUGCAUUUAACUUUGAAGGGGUACAGUCUGAUAGCAAAACUUUUUAAAGCAAAAAGCAUCACUUCUAAUAAUCUUGAACAUACUACUGCUUGUAUGCUAAUAUACGGCCUAAGAGCUGCUUAGCAAAUGUUUGCGCUUUCUUUGUAUUACUUACGAAUUGCAGGUAAGCCGUUAAACUCAGGGAUGAAAGGGUUAAUGCUGUUGUGUCCUGUGUGUUACAAGUUUUAAAUAAUAAACUCAACAGACCAUAAUUUGCAGCUAUGCAAUUUUUUUAGAAUACAAAUUCUGUUUUUUUUAAGUGGUAAAUUAAUUUUAAUUUACGGGUAAUUAUUAUUGGCCAUUAUGGUACAUGAAAUAUGCUGUAAUUAAUGUGUUGUAACCUUGUUAUUAUUGUAUGAGAUUCUUUUGAAAGUAAAGGAAAUCCUGUGCUGGA